AAAAUCUGAUAAAUUUCAAUUUUCCCACUUCUCUUCCAAACGAAAAUUAAAAUCAAUUUUCAAUUUAUCUUCUUAUUUAUACAAUCUCACUUGUCACAGUCUCCUUAGUUCAACACUGCUCAUCUCUUUCGGCAACUCAGACCUUACUCGAUUCGACUCUGUUUUUCUUACAAACAAAGACAAGGGAAAAAAGAUGGGAGGUGGGUACCAAACAAAGGCAAGGAAGCGAGUCGAAGCUUCGACGGAGUCUACUACUACUGCUGCUGCUCCCUCUCUUGUUCGAGGCAAAGAUGGCAGUGCUUUCGCUCGAUGUGACGAGUGUAAGAAAGAUGUUCCCGUGGCGCUGAUCAGUUUCCAUAGUUGCAGUCUCGAUGCUAAAAUUAAAAUGAAUCUGGAUGCCAAAGUUGUGGAGGCACCUCCGGAGGUCAAGAAGACAACUGAGAGGAAGAAACCCUCAUCAACAGAACCAAAGGCAAAGAAAGCAAGAGUUGGGAAGAAGUCUAAGGACAAUAAUCCUAACAAGCGCAAGCGCCCUCCCACUGCAUUCUUUCUCUUCAUGGAUGAUUUCAGAAAGGAAUUCAAGGCAGCUAAUCCCGACUCUAAGGAUGUUAAAGUGGUUGUAAAAGAGGGUGGUGCAAAGUGGCGGGCUAUGUCUGAUGAAGAGAAGAAAGUUUAUCAGGACAAAUCUGCAGAACUGAAGGCAGAGUACGACAAGGCUGUGCAGGCGGAUAAUUCUGAAGAUGGUGAUGUAAAUGCUGAGGCAGAUGCAGAGGAAGAAGCAGGUUCGGAUAAAGAAGCUUCAGAAAAAGAAGUUGAAGAAGUAGAUGAAGUAGCUGAUGAGGAGUAGGAUGAUUGAGUUUAUUUUAUAUUUUGGUGGAAAUGGUUUCAGUGACCAUUUUGCUUCCUUUUUUGGAUUUUAUGUAUAAAUUUUUUAUAUUGUAAGAAUGGUAGAUAGAGGGUUCGUAAUGGCAAUGUAGUCUAAGUUGUCCUUUUUGGAUCUUGAAUGCUUGAUAGCUACAUUAUAGACAACUUUUGCAGUUUGUUAUUAUGGCGUUUUUUUCCCCUCCUGUUUUAUGCAAUUUUAUAUUUAUUUAGCCCAAUUCAUACCUGUCUAACAUAACAUUAGUAUCUAUUAUAUUCUCAACAUCACAAAUUCUGGAUUGUACUGUAAAUCUAAUAUAUCCUCUAGAAUGGUAAAAGCAAUUUCAUUGAUGUAACUAAAUGUGAAAAUGAAUAAAUAUUAUAUAGGUGGAAAUGGAAUAGUGGAAUUAAUAUGUGAAAAUGCUCAUAUGACAUGAGCAUAUCUUUGAGCAACGGAGUCAGCAUUUUACUGGCUCUUCUCUGCUGUUUUCUUUCCCCUGCAAGGUGCCAAGGGCUUGCCACAUAAACACAGAUUAUGGGCAUAAGCAGCUGCAGGGAAGAUGUUAAAUGGCUUGCCUUGUGGGAUCUCUCCACAUAAUCUGUUUGCCCUGAAGCUUGCAUGUCUCAUAGCUUCAAUUCCCAAUAAGCUAUUUGGAAUUUUUCCUGACAGGGCAUUGAUGGAGAGGUCAAGCCAUUGAAGUUUUAUCAGAAGUCCUAGACUUGUUGGGAUAGUGCCUGUAAUGAGGUUUCUUGAAAUGUCUAGCUUUUCAAGGUUAAUCAAGUUGGAAAUUGAACUGGGGAGUACUCCACUGAUCUUGUUACUUGCUACAUUGAGUGUUUUCAACCUCAAUCCUUCUCUGAACUCUGGGAAUUUACCUGAAAUUAGAUUCCUUGAUACAUCUAAAACCUCCAAAAAGCCACUUGUCCCAUUGUUUAUGAUCUUCGAGAGGGGUCCAACAAUUUGAUUUGAGCUGAAAUCGAUGACUGUGAGCCCUUCUGGCAAAUUCAUUUGGGAAAGAUCAAACUUGAGUUGGUUGUUUGAGAGCUUGAGCUUUUGCAGACUUGACAUGUUGGUGAAGAACCUUGCAAGCCCGCCACUGAAGUGAUUGUCCGACAAGUCAAUGGAGGUCAAAGAAUCUGGGCUGGUGAAGCUUGGGAGGAUUCCUUUGAGUUGGCAACCUGCUAAGUGGACAUCAGAAAGCUGUCUACUUUUGAUCCAAUCCGGAACAAUCCCCAAGCUGAGAUUAUUGUAGGAGAGGUCUAUUGAUAAAAGAGAAGGGAUUCCCCUGGCUAAAGUAUUUGGUAGAGGAUUGGAGAGUGCAUUUCUGGACAGGUUAAGGUACCAAAGAUUCUGCAAUCUUGAAACAGAUGCAGGAAUAUUACCACUGAACCUAUUUGCACUCAGAGAGAGACUAGUAAGGGAUUUCAAGCCUUCAAUUUGAGCUGGUAUUUUACCUGUGAGCUGGUUAUGGCUCAAGGACAAGUCCUGAAGCUUGGCCAAACUGAACAAUGAAAUGGGCAUCUGCCCUGACAAUCGGUUAUAGGAAAGGUCAAGAAAGGUGAUGUUUUGGAAAUGACCUAAAAACUCUGGGAGUAACCCACACAGUUGAUUGUGACUGAGAUCAAGGUACUGCAAACCGUGAAUAUUUUGCAAAGUGGGUGGGACUGAACCUCUAAGAGAGUUUCUUGCCAAAUUCAACUGUCGAAGAUUUCUGAGAUUUCCUAGACUCGAAGGAAUCUCCCCAGUCAAAUGGUUGCCACUCAAUGAAAGCCCCUGAAGUAAGAGCAAACGACCUAAACCAGGAGGGAUACUACCUGUGAGAGAGUUGUCCUCGAGGGAUAGCUGAGUGAGAUGAAUUAAAUUUGAGAAGCCUUGAGGAAUUGGACCAGUGAUUUGCUUCAAACCACUUAUCACCAACACUUCCAAGAAAGGCAAAUUGCUCAGAGAAGAGGACAGAGUGCCUUUCAUGUAAAGUGUACUGUCUUUCUCUGGUCUCUGUAACUGGAGUACAGUGACUCUCCCAGCUUCAUUGCACUCAACACCUUCCCAACCUCCAUCGCAGCAGUCCUUGCUGAUCCAAGUAGAGAGACUAUCAGUUGUGUCCUUUACGAUUUUGGCCUUGAAUCCAAGAAGUGCAGCUCUAUCCGACCCUGAGGAAACUGGGGUUGCUUCACCCAAAGACUCCACAAACAAACCAAAGAAUGCGGAGACGAACAAAAGAGCUGGAACCCAAUUCAGAAUAUGCAUUUUUGAGAGGUGGGUCUUUCUCAGAUCAGAAAAAUGAGGCGAACAAAUAAAUGGGGAAGAACCUCUGAGAGUUUCGGAUCUGGCAGAAGAUGGAGGACUUUGAAUGGAGAGAAAACAUAUUCUAUAAGGGGAAAAGUAAGAAAAGUUUCAAAGCAGACAUGGGUUUAUUCUGUGUCUUCACGUACACAAGAAGGUAUAAUGAUGAAAAGGAUGGUGGCAAAUGGAUAUAUAUAUAUAUAUAUAUAUAUGUAUGUAUUUAUAACUCGAAGUGUGACUGAGAAAAUAUAAUGCUGUUGGAGAUGUUAUCU